AUGGAUAAUGGAGAUAAAAGGCGGAUGGGCCUUCGAAGGUCAACUGAUGAGUACAUACAAGGGGUGAAUAAAUUUCUUGAUAAAGCAUUUGAACGAGCUUCCCAAGGAAAUCAAAUAUUAUGCCCUUGUAAAGUGUGCGCUAAUUGUUUUUGGCAUCAUAGGAAUGUGGUGGAAGACCACUUGAUUGUUAAUGAUUUUGUUCAUGGAUACACCAAAUGGGUUUUCCACGGGGAAGGAUUUUCCUCGAGGAAGACUCGAUGUCCAAGCAGUAAUGAUGAAGGUUCUGACAUGUAUGACGAUAUUGAUGGAUUACUUCAUGAUAUAUUUCGAAAUGUCGAGGAUGAUUUGGGACAUGAAGGAGUGAGGGAUGGACGAUCAGAAGAUGCAAAAAGAUUCUUUAAAUUAGUAGAAGAAGGGAAAGAAGAAUUAUAUCCAGGGUGUGAGAAUUUUUCCAAAUUAGGUUUUACGAUUCGGUUGUACUUGUUUAAAUGCAUUCAUGGGAUGAGUAAUGUGGCAUUCACAAACUUGUUGGAGUUGUUAAAAGAGGCAUUUCCAUUUGCUCAGCUACCCGAGUCUUUCUACAAGGUAACAAGCAUGAUAAAAGAUUUGGGUCUUGAUUUUGAAAAAAUACAUGCAUGUCCUAAUGAUUGCAUGUUAUUUUGGAAUGACAAUGCAAAUGUAGAUACUUGUUCUGUGUGUGGGUCUUCUAGAUGGAAGAAUGUUGUUAAUGUCUUGACUAAUAAAAAGACCAAAACCCCUGAAAAAGUUUUAAGGUACUUUCCAUUAAAGCCUUGGCUUCAGAGGAUAUUCAUGUGUCCCGAAACAGCUGAAGCUAUGAGAUGGCAUGCCACUGAACGACCGAAUGAUGGAAAUAUAAGACAUCCUGCUGAUGGUGAUGCUUGGAAGGAAUUCGACUCCUUGCACCCUGAAUUUUCUAGCGACCCUCGCAAUGUUAGAUUGGGUCUUUCAAGUGAUGGUUUCAACCCGUUUCGAACAAUGAGCAUUUCCCAUAGCACAUGGCAUGUUAUGUUAAUGAACUAUAAUCUAUCGCCUUGGAUUUGCAUGAAGCCAGAGUAUAUAAUAUUGUCAAUGAUCAUCCCAGAAACAUUUUAUGCCGAAUCCAACCAGAUGUUUCAAAUACGUGCAGCGUUAAUGUGGACAAUUAGUGAUUUUCCUGCACUAGCAAUGCUUUCUGGAUGGAGCACAAAGGGAAAAUUUGCAUGCCCCACUCUUAAUUAUGGCACAUGUUCUCAAUAUCUCAAGCAUAGUCGUAAGAUGUGCUACAUGGGUCAUCGGGCAUUUUUUCCUCAUGAACAUCCGUUUCGAAGAGAUAAGAAAUCAUUUGAUGGCAAGGAGGAUCAUAGACUUGCACCUACUCCUUUGUCGGGUAUAGAAGUCCUUGAAGAGUUGCGUGAAUUCAAGAAUGUCUUUGGAAAGGUCCAAAAGAAAAGGUCUCGGGAUAACAAGUGUCCAUGGAAGAAAAGAUCCAUCUUCUUUGAACUACCAUACUGGGAAACUAACAAAUUGAGGCACAAUCUUGAUCUGAUGCACAUUGAGAAAAAUAUAUGUGAUAGUAUUCUUGGGACAUUAUUGGAGAUAGAUGGAAAGUCAAAAGAUCAUGUAAAUUCUCGUUACGAUUUACAAGAAAUGGGAAUACGAAAAGAGCUUCAACCAAUACAUGAUGUUGUAAGUGGAACAAUUUCUUUGGCUAAAGCUUGUUUCUACAUGAAUCAAGAAGAGAAGAGGAGAUUUUGCACUGUCUUUAAAAAUGCCAAAUUGCCAAAAGGCUGUGCCUUGAAUAUAUCACGUUGUGUGCAUGAGAAAGAGAUGAAAAUAUCGGGGUACAAGAGUCAUGAUGCUCAUUUUAUAAUGCAUUACUUGCUCCAAGUUGCUGCUAGAAAAUCAAUACCCAAGAAUGUUUCUUUGGCAUUGAUUAGGUUGGGAAACUUCUUUAGAGCCAUAUGUGCUAAGGUUGUAUGGCGAGAGGAUCUUGAUAGAUUGCAGUCUGAAAUCAAUGAAAUUACAUGUGAGCUUGAAAUGAUCUUCACUCCAAUCUAUUUUGAUAUUAUGCCUCAUUUGCCUGUUCAUUUAGUAAAUGAAAUUAAGCUUGGGGGUCCAACUCAUUGUCGUUGGAUGUAUUCCACUGAAAGAACCUUGUGCAAGUAUAAGGCGUUUGUUCGUAAUCGAGCUCAUCCAGAAGCAUCAAUUGCAGAGGGGUUUUUGGCCGAAGAGUGCUUGACCUUUCUGCCCAAUUUUUCCUGUUUCUGCCCAAUUUCUGCCCAAUUAAUUGAAGUAUUGAACAUUUUCAAUAUGCAAUGCUGCAUUGCCCUUUGUGUCGACCAGAUUUAUCGAUUUAGCAUCUUCUCUAAUCAGCUCCUCUACAACUCAAGAUUUUGUCCUUUGACAGCCAUGUGA